AUGAUGCCUGUGGCGGGCCAGGACAUCCAACAGCACAUCAGCCGCAGCGUGGUGUAUGAAGGCCCCCUCCCCUGCUGUGGCAGUUCACAGCCAGGAAAACAGCAACCCCUUCUGUCUCCCCCAACUGGAGGAGUCUGUGGGUGGUGAGUGAGUUUAGGUGUGUGUGUGUUUGUGUGUUUGCGUGUGUCUCUGCAUGUCUGUGUGUAUGUGUGUGCAUGCGUGUUUGUGUGUGUGUUUUGUUGUAACAGUUGUAACAUGUGUGUGUGUGUAUUGUAGCACACAGGGGCCGGUGAUGAGGGUGGUGGCCAGUCUCUGACAUCAUCAGGAAGCUGCCUGAGGGACUUCCGUGCCCAGCCGUUCGUGGAAUGCCAGGGCACGCCACUACUUCACCAACAUCUACAGCUUCUGGUUGACCAGGGUGGGCGCCGAUGGAUCGCUUAGCCCCUCAACGUCACAGGGCACGCUCAAAGAGGAGUGGCAACAGUGGCUCAACGUAGGCUGGUGCAACGUGUGUAUGAAGGAGUGA